AUUCUCAUCAGCGCCCUGUGGAGGAGGAGGAGCCUGCUGUCUUUUCUUCAGUCACCCGUCACUCCUGCUGUCAGACCACAGACUACAGGCAAGACAUGACAUACAACAGCAGAGGCACUCACAGCAGCACCUGCCAACUGAAGUUUGUCAACUUCGAGUUUAAUGAAAACCACAGUUCCCAUGAGACAGAGGGGCUCAGCGAAAAGCACCUGGUGCUGCGACGAGGGAAACCGUUCAAAGUGACUCUGCACUUUCGUGGCCGGCCAUGGAACCCUCACACAGAGUGCCUGAUCCUGGAGGUCUGGCUAGGCGGUCUGUCGGAGACUAUCCCGGUUCAGUUCUCUGAUGAGCCAUCUGACCCUGAAAACUGGUCAGCCAAAAUCUACCCAGGCGACAUGCAUCAUCACUCUGUCACCAUCUACGUCUGCUCCCCUGUUCAGUCCUCAGUGGCAAUGUACCACCUCCUACUCCACAUCAUGACCUACCAGAGCAGAAGGAGCUACAGAUUAGGGAACUUUGUGCUGCUCUGCAACCCUUGGCUGGCUGAUGAUCCAGUGUACAUGCCAAUGGAUGCCCAAAUAGAAGAGUACAUCAAAAGUGAUUACGGGCAGGUGUACAUGGGCACCCAUCUUAACAUGACUAGCCGGCCCUGGUCCUUUGGUCAGUAUGAGCCUGGAGUCCUGGAGGCAUGUCUGACGCUCCUGCAGGUCAGCCCCCAGCACCUCAAGGACAAGAACAAUGACUACAUCCUACGAUCAGACCCCGUUUACCUCAGCAGAGUGAUCUGCGCUAUGGUGAACUGUAAUGAUGACCUGGGAAUUCUGCAGGGGAAGUGGCAGGGCAGCUAUGAAGGUGGCGUCUCUCCUACAGAGUGGAGCAGCAGCGCUGACAUCCUUCAGCAAUGGGUCUCAUCCAAAUGCAAGCCCGUGUGCUUUGGACAGUGCUGGGUCUUUGCGUCUGUCCUCUGCACAGUGAUGAGAGUGUUGGGGAUUCCCUGCAGGGUGGUGACAGUCUUUAACGCAGCCCAUGAUGGCAAUGGCAACACGACAAUCGAAGAAUAUUACUCCAGCACAGGGGAAAAGCUCAACAUGUCAAAGGACAGCAUUUGGAACUUCCAUGUGUGGACGGAGUGCUGGAUGAAGAGACCAGACCUCGGUGCAGGAUUUGAUGGCUGGCAGGUUGUGGACCCGACCCCCCAGGAAAAGAGUGCAGGGAUAUUUUGCUGUGGCCCUUGCCCAGUAGUUGCCAUCCAGCAACGUUGCCUCCGUGCCCCCUAUGAUGCGCCAUUCAUCUAUGCCUCUGUUGACGCUGACGUCAUAAGGCUGAUCGUGCGCAAAGGACUGGUGGUGGGGCGGAGGGUGGACAGCAAGUGCGUGGGACAGCUGAUCUACACCAAGAGUAUCAACUCAGACACCCCAGAGAAUCUGACACAGAUUUAUAAGAUGAAGAAAAAAAGGAAACCAACAACCACUGGCAGAAACUCAGUCAUGAGAGCAAUGGAGUGCACUGGAAAUACUGGUCCACAGUUUCCUGCAGCGAUGUGCGUUAGAAGUGCUGGUCCACAGUCCCCUGAAAUGCCUGAGUUUGGAAAUACUGGUCCACAGUUUCCUGCAGCGAUGUGCGUUAGAAGUGCUGGUCCACAGUCCCCUGAAAUGAUUCUGUGUAGCCAAUCUGGUCCACUCUCCCCUCCAGGUGAAGAAGGAGGACCGUCAUCCAGUUUGGAUGUGUCCCUAAAGAUAGAGGGGAUGCCAUCAUUGGGUGAGAGCAUUGAAGUGAGUGUGAUGGUCACAAACCAGUCAGGCAGCCCCAGAGUCCUCGUGGAAUUCCUGAACGCUCAGCUGAAGGAUUACAACAGCAACCCGCAGGAGACCUUCUGGAAGACACACAAAGAAGUGCGCAUACAGCCGGGCGAAGUUCUGAAGCUCACCCACAAAAUCCCUCCUUCUGCUUACGAGUCGGUCGUGACAGGCGAUGACAUUGUGAACUUGGCAGUGGUGAUAAAGGAUGUGACGACCAAAGAAAGGGUCCUGGACAUGCAGGAGUUCAACAUAAAAUCACCACAGAUUAACAUCGAGAUCGAAGGAGGGGACAGCAUCCAGAUGAAGAAGGAGCACACAGCCCGGGUGUUCUUCAUCAACAAAUUCACCAAAUCUCUGAGUGGAGCUGUGCUGACUGUGGAGGGCUCUGGAUUGUUAAAGGGCAAACAUGAAGCCAGACUGUCUCUCAUGCAGCCAGGAGAGAAGAUAGAGAAGACGGUGUCCAUUAUGGCCACUUCACCCGGGACUAAACUCCUAAAGGCCUCUUUCUCACACAGCAACAGCUCCAAAGUCGUUUGCAGGAGCUUCCAAAAAGUCUCUGUCAAGCGUGCAUGACCCUGAAGAGUCCAUCCUCCCACAAGCUUCAACAAAACAAAACAAUGCAAAACAAUGCAAAACAAUACGUUGCACUUAGGCAAUCAACAAGCUUUUUUUAUUCUUUUAGUAUUUGUUUUUGCAAACACAUCUCAGGCCAAAACAACAUGUUUGUAUUUUUCUGCUAAAGGUAUACAGGUAGUCUCUAUUCAGUAAUCCAUAGUAAAUAAUUUUAUGCUUUUUAUAUGGGAUCAUACAAUAUUUUGGUAUUUUACUAUACAUAAUGUCAUGCUUUAAAAGUGAUUUAAUACAAGAUUAUGCUUAUAAAUGCAUACGUGUACUAAACAAGUGGUUCCCAACAGGUGUUUUGCCGUCCAAAAGUGGGUCAAGGGUUCAUUCUGAAUGGACCGCAAGUGACUAGUGAACGUGUCAUGUUUGUGAAAAAUGCGCUUUAUUUUGAGGUACAGUAAAUUUCCAGCACAGAGCUUUUAUUUGGAAGUGCCAUUUCUGUCAACUCUUUACAUUUUAUGAAAAAAUUUAAAUAUGUGGUAAUUUCAACAUUAAACUAAUGACUAAGGAGAAAUAUGAACCCCGUAGCUGGACCAGUUAGGAACCACUGAAUUAUACUACACCCAGAAACACAGUUUAUGAUUGUAGUAUUUCUGGGUUGUAAUAUUGUAUUUUUUUUUUUUUUGGUUUAUUUUGUCUUUUAAAUCAAAUUUUCUUGGAGAUACAAGCAUACAUCUCCAUGACAACUGGGUAAACUCCCUCCGCUGAUGAAGUCUGUACAAUGUACUUCUGUCUGGUUACCACACAGAUGGGCUGGACUAGAUUGUCACCUAAAAAUGGCCAAUUUUGGCUCAUAAAUGAAUGCGUAUUUCUCUUUGCUCUGAAUGUUCAUAUAUAGAAUAAUAGACACAGUAUAUUUUGCAACAGAUAUGAUUCUUUUUCAACAUCUUUUUGUGACGUAUGAAUAAAAUGUUAAUGUAAUGUUAA